AGGUACGUACCUUUAGCACUGUAGUCUGUCUGCAUUCUUGGGUCGCCAUUAUUUUUUAUUCCUUUCGAACAUUGUUGCCUCACGACGUGAUCUCUUUCCACGAUUCUCCUUCUGGCGGCGCAUUGCUUGCGCUCGCACUCGCAUAAAGUUCGUAAUGGGUAAGAAAGCAAAGAGAAAAGCUGCCAAAGUCGUCAACAAAGCCCUUACAGCCCUAGGACCUGACCAAAUCCCCGAGCCCAGCGACAAGGCCUCUUCAAACGACAAUCAAGAUGAGGUCCAACCCUCCGACAAGUUCGACCAAGGUGUUCCUGUCACGACGGCCAUCGCGACUCUUGAGAAGGAUGCGUCAACAAAAAGCGACGGCAGCCUGAAGCGUUCUAAUCCUCAUGACGCGGACGAAGGCGGAGAGUGGCAGGUCGUUUCACGGGCCGCAAAGAAGCUCAAGAAGGUCCCUAAACCUGGCAAGAAUUAUCCCACCAUUGCAUUCUCGCCUAAUGCGCGACUGCAAUCCAAGAUCAAUAUUUCACAAAUGCGAGACCUGGUUACAUAUAUCUUUGCCGACGGAGCUGGCCCUCAAUGGAUUGGCAUUACCCAUCGUCCAGCGUUCCGAAAGAUUGUGGCUAUAAUGAUACCCGGUAUUGAGGAGGCCAUGUUCAAACACAACGUUGACUUCGACACAUAUAACGAUGCUGAUCGGGAGGGAAAUGCUGUUGCAACGUCGCCGGACGACUAUUAUCCCCAGCCGCUCAAGAAAGAGCGCCUGCCCGAGGCUCUGAAACCAUUCGCCGAUAUGUUCGCGCACCUGUGGCCCGUCAAGACACCCGGUGAUGAUAGACACGGGAAGAUGCAUUCGCCCUUGGCCGCUUUCCUAACAACCCCCACCCCGAAGGAAAAGAAUGGGCCAAAGAAGGGCAUCAAACCAGCACACGAGCCUUCAGGAUGGAAGAACGAGAAGACACGCAUCACUGAGUUCCUCUGUACAGUUGAUGAUCUGACUGACAACGGCUACUUGGUUCAUCCAGCUAUGCUGGAAGGUGUUGCCAGAGAUCAGUUCGUUCUCCCCGAAGGUUGGGUCAUCACCCAUGUGAAAAGCCUUGAAGAAGGUCAAGUCCCAGAAGACGAAGUUGAAAAAGGCAGCAUCACAGAAGGACGAGAUAUUCUGGCCCUGGAUUGUGAAAUGUGCAUGACUGGAGAGGGCGAGUUCUCUUUGACAAGAAUCAGCGUAGUCGACUGGUUCGGCAACGUUGUACUCGAUGAACUUGUCAAGCCUGAUAAGCCCAUUACCGACUACGUCACUCAGUUCUCUGGCAUCACAGAAGAGAUGCUUGCACCUGUAACAACCACAUUACAUGACAUCCAGCAGAAGCUACUCGAACUCCUGACCCCUCGCACAAUCUUGAUAGGACACUCUUUAGAGUCAGAUACCAAGGCUCUCCGCAUCACUCACCCCUUUAUCAUCGACACAUCCAUCAUUUAUCCGCAUCCUCGCGGUCCUCCUCUCAAAUCGUCUCUAAAAUGGCUGGCGCAAAAAUAUCUGUCAAAGGAAAUCCAAAAAGGUGGUGCAAAUGGCCACGACAGCAUCGAAGACUCUAAGACAUGCCUCGAUCUUGUCAAACAGAAAUGUGAAAAGGGCAAGGCCUGGGGAACAUCUGACUCACAGGGAGAGAACUUGUUCCGCCGACUAGCGCGAGCUGGAACUGCAUACAAGGCCCAAGGGGGGGCCGCAGGUGGCGCGGAGGUCGGCAAGACGAGCGCAGCUGUUGACUGGGGUGAUCCAUCUAAGGGGGCUGGAGCAGGCGCAACUCAUCAGCUCGGCUGUAAGAACGACGAGGAUGUAACUAACAACGUAAUUCGUGCCGUGCAGGGAGACCCGGAUGGCCUCGAAAUCCGCGGCGGUGGAGUUGACUUUGUCUGGGCGAGAAUGCGAGAGAUUGAGGCCCUUCAAGGCUGGUGGAACCGUAACCGCGUCGACAACACAAACAGCGACGGUGGUCCUCCGCAAGACCCAGAGGCCGUUCCAUCCGACAAGUCAGAGCUCGAGCGGGCCCUCGUACGCCUUACAGAGCGUCUCACGCGCAUCUAUGCUGCCUUGCCGCCCUGCACAGCCUUCAUGUUGUACAGCGGUUCGGGCGACCCGCGCGAGAUGUCACGUCUGCAGAAGGUGCAGUCACAGUGGCGCAAGGAGUACAACACACCUGGCAAGAACUGGAACGACCUGAGUGUCAAGUGGACUGAUGUGGAGGAACAGGCGCUCAAGGAAGCGGUGCGCAAGGCUCGGUCAGGCAUAGGGUUCAUCUCGGUGAAGUGAAAUACCAAAGGGACGCAAAGGUAUCAGAUAACAAAGGUCACGUGCCAACCGAAGACGAAAUGUCAUGCGUAACAGAUCCAUAUCUUGCUGAGGGACUAUUUAUGGUACGACUUAAAAACUAUUUGCACAUGAGCAGACCGCCUUUUGUUAAAACAUGCACAGACAAACGAGACCAAGUAAAGGAAGGAUCGUUGCGACCUCUCAUUAGAAUUGUGCCUAGUAAAUCCGGCUCUUCAUCGUCCCAAGCUGGUGAAUCAUAUCCAGAACCUUGGCAGCAUACACCUCCGCAAUUAUAUAACUACACCUUCAUUCCCCCCCCCAAAAAAAAACCUACUACAUAAAACACAGUAGACAUGCUGGGGCUUUGAUGACCCUUGUGUAGAUCCCCCUCCCCGAACCAGCUUUUUGUUACGCCAACGCUAGUAUGGACAUUCUCAAAAAGAACAUAUCCCUAAACACAAAAGAAAAAUUGACUCAAGGCAGUAAGGCUCGAGUAAUAAAAAUUUGCCAUAAAAAC